ACGAUAUGAAUUGUCUUAUUUUGGCGUAGAGCAAAAACGGAUGUGCCACCGUUGUGUUAACUAGAUUUUGACGGACUUCCUGUUUCAGUCGCGAAGACGCGAACAACCAGAACCACCACCAAAAUGGCUACCACCGCCAAGAUCGCCAAAACACACGACGAUAUCGAGGCCCAGAUCCUGGAGAUCCAGGGGAUGAAGGCCAGUCUGGCGGAGGAAGGAGAUGAUCAAGGAGUCGGCCUCGUUUCAACUGGGUUUUAUGACCAGGAGAUCUAUGGAGGAAGCGACAGUCGUUUUGCUGGCUAUGUCACUUCCAUCGCUGCCAACGAACAGGAAGACGACGAUGAAGAGGAUACAGCGACGAGUUUAUUGGGGCAGAAAAAGCAAGGGUACCAUGCACCAGUGGCCAUUCUCAAUGCCAUUCCACAGUCAGAUGAACAAUAUGAUCCAUUUGCGGAGCAUCGCCCACAGAAGAUUGCGGAGCGGGAGGACGAGUACAAAACUCGGCGUAUGCAGAUGAUCAUCUCGCCGGAGCGUCUCGACCCCUUUGCAGAUGGAGGCAAAACGCCGGACCCUAAGCUGCAGGUGAGGUCUUAUGUGGACGUCAUGAGAGAGCAGAAACUGUCCAAAGAAGAGAGGGAGAUUCGUCUGCAGCUCGCAGAGAAGGCCAAAUCAGGUGACCUGAAAGCUGUCAAUGGGUCCGCUGCCAGCCAAGCCGCCGCUGCAGCUGCCGCCGCCGCUGCUAAACGCAAGCGCCGCUGGGAUCAGACAGCUGACCAAACCCCCACCAAUGCUACCCCCAAAAUGUCCAGCUGGGAUCAGGCUGACGCAAAUGCUGAGACCCCGGGACACACGCCGGCGCACACUCCUUCAAACAGCCGAUGGGACGAAACCCCCGGUCGGCCAAAAGGCAGCGAGACCCCUGGGGCUACACCCAGCUCACGCAUGUGGGACCCUACGCCCAGCCACACGCCGGCUGGCGCGGCAACACCGGGCAGGGACACGCCGGGUCAUGCCACGCCCGGCCACGGCGGAGCCACGGGAAGCGUCCGGAAAAACCGUUGGGACGAGACACCAAAGACUGAGAGGGAGACCCCGGGACACGGGAGCGGCUGGGCUGAAACCCCGCGUACAGACAGGGGGGAUGAAUCCGUGGGGGAGACUCCAACUCCAGGAGCUAGCAAGAGAAAGUCCCGAUGGGACGAAACACCCGCUAGCCAGAUGGGCUCUUCAACACCACUGCUGACCCCUGGAAAGACCCCAAUUGGAACCCCCGCCAUGAACAUGGCCACCCCAACACCUGGUCACUUGAUGAGCAUGACUCCUGAGCAACUGCAGGCCUGGAGGUGGGAGCGAGAGAUUGACGAAAGGAACAGGCCUCUCACAGACGACGAGCUUGAUGCCAUGUUUCCUGAGGGAUACAAGGUGUUGCCUCCACCAGCUGGCUACGUGCCCAUCCGCACACCAGCCCGCAAGCUUGCUGCGACGCCAACACCCAUUGGCGGCAUGACUGGCUUCCACAUGCAAGUGGAGGACCGCACCACCAAACAGAUGAAUGACCAACCCUCUGGAAACCUCCCCUUCCUUAAACCUGAUGACAUCCAGUAUUUUGACAAACUACUGGUUGAGGUGGAUGAGUCCACGUUGAGCCCUGAAGAACAGAAAGAAAGAAAAAUAAUGAAGUUGCUGCUGAAGAUUAAAAAUGGAACUCCACCCAUGAGAAAGGCUGCCCUGCGUCAGAUCACAGACAAAGCUCGUGAGUUCGGAGCAGGACCCUUGUUCAACCAAAUCCUACCACUGCUUAUGUCUCCCACCCUUGAGGACCAAGAACGCCACUUACUGGUGAAAGUUAUUGACCGUAUUCUCUACAAACUGGAUGACCUUGUUCGACCCUACGUACAUAAGAUCCUGGUGGUUAUCGAACCCCUGCUGAUUGACGAGGACUAUUACGCCAGAGUCGAAGGCAGAGAGAUCAUCUCUAACUUGGCAAAGGCGGCCGGCUUGGCGACCAUGAUCUCUACUAUGCGUCCCGACAUCGACAACAUGGACGAGUACGUGAGAAACACCACAGCCAGGGCCUUCGCUGUGGUGGCGUCCGCACUCGGCAUCCCCUCCCUGUUGCCCUUCCUCAAAGCCGUGUGUAAAAGCAAGAAGUCGUGGCAGGCGCGGCACACUGGAAUCAAGAUCGUGCAGCAGAUCGCCAUCCUCAUGGGUUGCGCCAUCUUGCCUCACCUUCGCAGCUUAGUUGAGAUCAUUGAGCACGGUUUGGUGGAUGAACAGCAGAAGGUGAGGACCAUCAGCGCCUUGGCUAUUGCAGCUUUGGCUGAAGCUGCUACACCUUAUGGUAUCGAAUCCUUUGACUCUGUGCUCAAACCCCUCUGGAAGGGUAUCAGACAGCACAGAGGUAAGGGUUUGGCGGCCUUCCUUAAAGCUAUUGGCUACCUGAUCCCGUUGAUGGACGCCGAGUAUGCCAACUACUACACAAGAGAAGUGAUGUUAAUCCUCAUCCGAGAGUUCCAGUCCCCAGAUGAGGAAAUGAAAAAGAUUGUUCUCAAGGUGGUGAAGCAGUGCUGCGGCACUGAUGGUGUGGAGGCCAACUACAUUAAGACUGAAAUCCUGCCCCCUUUCUUCAAGCACUUUUGGCAACACAGGAUGGCUUUGGAUCGACGUAAUUACAGACAGUUAGUGGACACCACAGUGGAGUUGGCCAACAAGGUGGGAGCUGCAGAGAUCAUUUCUCGUAUUGUGGACGACCUGAAAGACGAAGCGGAGCAAUACCGCAAAAUGGUUAUGGAGACCAUUGAAAAGAUUAUGGGCAACCUGGGCGCCGCCGACAUCGACCACAAGCUGGAAGAGCAGCUGAUCGACGGCAUCCUGUAUGCCUUCCAGGAGCAGACCACAGAGGAUUCCGUAAUGCUGAACGGCUUCGGCACGGUUGUGAAUGCCCUCGGCAAGCGCGUCAAGCCCUACUUACCGCAGAUUUGCGGUACUGUGCUGUGGCGUCUCAACAACAAGUCGGCCAAAGUGCGUCAGCAGGCAGCCGACCUCAUCUCGCGUACUGCCGUGGUCAUGAAGACUUGCCAGGAGGAGAAGCUAAUGGGCCACUUGGGUGUAGUGCUGUACGAAUACCUAGGAGAAGAAUACCCUGAAGUUCUAGGCAGCAUCCUGGGUGCACUGAAGGCCAUUGUAAAUGUUAUUGGUAUGCACAAGAUGACUCCCCCCAUUAAAGACCUUCUCCCUCGUUUGACUCCAAUCUUGAAGAACAGGCAUGAAAAAGUGCAAGAGAAUUGCAUUGAUCUCGUAGGCAGGAUAGCGGACAGGGGAGCUGAGUAUGUGUCAGCCAGAGAGUGGAUGAGGAUUUGUUUUGAGUUGCUGGAGCUUCUCAAGGCUCACAAAAAGGCCAUCCGCAGAGCCACUGUCAACACAUUUGGCUACAUUGCCAAGGCCAUUGGCCCACAUGACGUCUUGGCCACUUUGCUCAACAACUUGAAAGUGCAGGAGCGUCAGAACCGCGUGUGCACUACGGUGGCCAUCGCCAUCGUGGCCGAGACGUGUUCGCCUUUUACCGUCCUGCCCGCGCUCAUGAACGAGUACAGAGUGCCCGAGCUCAACGUACAGAAUGGCGUGCUCAAGUCGUUGUCCUUCCUGUUCGAGUACAUCGGCGAGAUGGGCAAGGACUAUAUCUACGCCGUCACCCCACUUCUGGAGGAUGCGCUUAUGGACCGAGAUCUAGUCCACAGACAAACCGCCAGCGCCGUUGUCCAGCACAUGUCCUUGGGCGUUUAUGGUUUUGGCUGCGAGGAUUCCCUCAACCACUUGCUCAACUAUGUGUGGCCCAACGUGUUCGAGACGUCGCCUCACGUCAUCCAGGCAGUCAUGGGCGCGCUAGAGGGCCUGAGGGUCGCCAUCGGGCCCUGCCGCAUGCUGCAGUACUGCUUACAGGGUCUGUUCCACCCGGCACGGAAGGUGCGUGACGUCUACUGGAAGAUAUACAAUUCCAUAUACAUCGGUUCCCAGGAUGCCCUCAUCGCCCACUACCCACAAGUUUACAAUGACGACAAGAACAUGUAUGUCCGCUACGAGCUGGACUACGUCUUGUGAGCACGCCCUUGUUCCCCUGCUUUUUUGUUUUUGCUGUCCUGUUUUCGGUGAGGCGGAGCAUUUAAGUAGGUGAAAUCCAGGAAAGGACAUUUAGAGUCUGUACGUAUUCCCCUAAAAAAUCCUCCUGUUCCUUAUCCCUAUCGAUGUCCUAAAUGGUUGAAAGCAGUUGAUUCUUGAAAUUGUUUUAAAUAUUUGGUCUGUAUUGAUAGAAAUUCGAAUUGGUUGUUUCCGCUCCGCAGCUUUUUCCAUUUCGCAUCUUUUGUUCUUACGAUUAGAUUGUUUUUAUUUAACCAAAUAAAAGGUUUGUGUAUA